ACCCCGCGAUGCGAACUCGACCCUGCAGCAGCCUUAUUUACGCCUCAUCUCAUCUCAUCUCGUGCUCCUCUUAUUCCCUGUCGCUUGGCGAAUCAUUUGUCAAAUUCCCUUCCGUAUUGCAUAUCCGGGCUCAUCAUUAGAACUUACAAACAGCGUCGUUCGCUAGUGUCCCGGAGCACAGCGAGCACAGCGCACGGGCUUCAGCGCGCGGUCGCUAAUUUAGCAGACGGUUAUAGGGGUUUCCAGACGCUUCCUUGCCACGUUUGGUCAGCCGACUGGAGACGCCGUCAGCCGCGCCGGAUUGCUUGCCUUUGUUCGCAAGGUGACGACAUUUGCUCUGCCUGAACAGCACAUGAGUUGGAUUAGCAAGACUGCGGCGACAUAUUUAUUUUGUUUAUAUCAUUCACGUUUCCCAAGAUGGCGUCAGGUUCGGAUUCCGACGCUCCAGAAACGAGCUACAUCAUGAAGGACAAGGAAGACGCCAGCCUGGUCGGCAAACACUGCCAGUACGAAUACUGCAAUCAGCUUGAUUUCCUCCCCUUUUUCUGCCAGUCCUGUACCAAGACUUUCUGCCUGGAUCACCGCUCAGAGUCUGCUCAUAAGUGCACAAACCCGGGAGCCUGGGCGGAACGUAAACGACAGGCACAGCUGGCAAAGCCCUCCAUCGGCCAAGGGAGGACAUUGCGGGAUAAGAUCUCAGAGAAGCCUUGCGCGUCGCCAUCUUGCGAGACAACCAUCGGCACUUCGCUAGUGCCAGGCGUUCACUGCGAAACAUGUAAUCGGGAUUACUGUUUGAAACACCGCUUCAAAGAUGACCACAACUGCAAGAACUUGACGCCAAUCGGGGCGCGGCCUAUUCAAAUCGACGUUGCCCAAAGGACGAAAUCCGCGCUGGACCGGCUUCGAGCAUGGGGAACGGCCAAGAAGGAGCAGGCUGGCAGAGCGCUGCCAAAGCCCAAGCCCAGCUCAGCUGCAGCGCGAAUGGUCGCCGUCAACAGCCUGAAGAAGACCGCAAAGGGCGACGACAAGUUGGCUCCGGAGAAGCGCAUCUACGUCUACGUUGAGGCUGAGGCCGAGACGGCAAAGGCCAAGUUCCCCAAGGGAGAGUUCUAUUAUUCCAAGGAUUGGGUAGUUGGUCGUGUACUGGACGCGGCGGCCAAGAGCCUACAGGUACAGAACAUCAACAACCAGAGCUCAGAUGAGAGAGACAAGCUACGGGUGUUCCAUGUCGAAGGAGGCAGGGUUCUUGAUUACAGCGAGAAGGUUGGGGCGUCGAUACAGAGCGGGAAUACCUUGGUGUUGCUGAGGGGCGUUGGUGCGCCUACGGAUUUGAUUGAGGUUUAACGAAAGACAUUGGAUUGAGAGGCCAUACAUCAGAGGUAAUACGGGCGUUUUGAAUAAGGUUCUUGCUUCAAUCUGGUUGAGGCAUUGGGGAUAUAAGAAGUCGGCGAGCUUAGCAGCAUCUCAUAGAGUACUUGCAUUGUUGAUUUUGGCAUCAUAUUACAUUAUAAAUUAAUAUCAUUUCUGAGCAAUUACAGAAUUUACUCAGGACAGUUUCAU